AUGUCCGACGCCAAGCAGCAGUUCGAGGCUCUUUCGAUGGAGUUCACCAAGGCCCAGAGCGCCAUGAACGAGUUGUUGGAGGCCCGCUCCAAGCUCGAGACGCAGUACCAGGAAAACAAAAUCGUCUUGGAGGAGUUCGAGGCCAUGGACGACGGCUCCAAAAUCUACAAGUUGACCGGCCCCGUGUUGAUGCCGCAGGACUACCACGAGGCCAAGAUGAACGUGUCCAAGCGCAUCGAGUUCAUCCAGGGCGAGAUCUCGCGCGUCGAGGAGAAGGUCGAGAAGGCCCAGAAGGACAUGGAGGUCUCGCGCACCAAGUUGCUCCAGGUGAGGAGCCAGAUGGCGGCGUAG